AUGGAUCACUCGAGAGAUCCCUGUCCCUGGGUCGCUCUGAGCGACUUUGGAGGAGCUUUCUGUAUGGGCGCCAUUGGUGGCGCUGUCUGGCACGGCGUCAAGGGCUUCCGGAACAGCCCCUAUGGCGAGCGCCGGAUCGGCGCUCUCACUGCUAUCAAGGCUCGCGCUCCUGUGCUCGGUGGAAACUUUGGCGUAUGGGGAGGACUCUUCAGUACAUUUGAUUGCGCCAUCAAGGGUAUUCGCAAGAAGGAGGACCCUUUCAACUCGAUCAUUGCGGGCUUCUUCACUGGCGGCGCGCUGGCCGUUCGUGGUGGUGUAAAGGCAGCACGUAACUCCGCUAUCAUGUGCGCCGUCUUCCUUGGUGUGAUUGAGGGUGUUGGCAUCGGCUUUCAGCGAAUGAUGGCGGACAACACCAAAUUGGAGCUCCCCCCUCCUCCUCCCUCCGACCAAAAGGCCCUUGCAUAA